AUGACGGAGGCCAGGCUGGUGGUGGAGGCCAGGCUGGUAGAGGCCAGGCUGGUCAGGAUGGAAGGGAACCAACUGAAAGGGCAGAAAGGGUUGACAGGAAGAAGAAGGAUAAGGAGAUCAGUAGUUCCUUCUCCACCUCAAGCUCCUUCUCCACCUCAGGCUGGUGGUCAGGAUGAGGGAGGCCAGGGUGGUCAGGACGAGGGAGGCAAGGGUGGUAAGGACGAGGGAGGCCAGGGUGGUCAGGACGAGGGAGGCCAGGGUGGUCAGGACGAGGGCGGCCAGGGUGGUCAGGACGAGGGAGGCCAGAGUGGUCAGGGUGAGGGUGGUCAGGAUGAGAGAGGCCAGGGUGGUGGUGGAGGUCAGGGAGGCCAGGGAGAACCAACUGAAAGGGCAGAAAGGGUUGACAGGGUCCAAAGAAUACUUCUCCCCCUCAAGAUCCUUCUCCUCCACCCAAGAAGAAGAAGAAGGAUAAGGAGAUCAGUAGUUGCUUCUCCACCUCAAGCUCCUUCUCCACCUCAAGCUCCUUCUCCACCUCAAGCUCGUUCUCCACUUCAAGCUCCUUCUCCACCUCAAGCUUCUUCUCUACCUCAAGCUCCUUCUCCACCUUAA